CAACGAGAGAUAAAAACUUAAAAAAUCAAAUAAAACAGGAAAAAAAAGUAGGACAGCUUGUACUAAUUUCUUUGUCAAAGAAAUCAAUUAUGCACCCCUAAACUCUUCGUUUUACUUUCGUUUUCAUUUUACACGGGUAAAUUUCUAUGUUAUGAAACCCGACUCCACUGCUGUGUCAGACUUUUGACAUCGGCUGAAGAAGAUUACUGGCAACUUCCUUGCUUUAAUAGAAUCUCAAAACUUUAUUGUUUAAUGUAAUUUUGUGUCCUCUCCCUGCAUAGCUCAAUAUAUGGUCUGGAGAUAACAAGUUUUGUGUUUUUUGGUCAAUUUUAGCAACCUCAAUUGUGACAAUUCAGAACAUUCCAAAAGGAAAACUGAUUCUAUUUCCCACCUUUUUUGAACCCGUUAAUCUCCAAUUUGUUUGAAGUUCUCGCCUCUUAAGACAUGGUGCUUGAACAUACACCGAUUUUGAAAAAAAAGAAUUCAAACCCUGACAAUGCUACACGGAACACAAAAUCAUCCUCCAACAAACAAACGGUCACAUUUGAUUUACCACUUGACACACAAUUAAGCAGCCAGAGUUCGGACGAAGAAUCCCCAAAAAAACAAUCAGACUCUGAAAGUUCGUCGCCGUCAUCAUCCGAUAAUGCUGAACCAAUAGAUGUUGACAAAGAGGUACCCGAGGCUUCCAAUAGUGCCGAAACCGAAAAACAAGUUGAACUGAAUGCCGACACUGCAGAUGAUAAAAAAGAGGUUGAAAAUAGUAAGGAAGAAAAAGGAAAAGAAGCAGACGAAGAAGAAGACGAUGACGGGGAAUACGUGGUAGAAGCGAUCUUAAAUCACCGACCAAGUUUUCGAAAAGGAUGGGGUUAUGACUAUUACAUCAAAUGGGAGUCCUAUGAUGAUCCCAAUGAUAAUACAUGGACACAUGAACAAAACUGUGCUGGAUGUCAAGACAUGAUUGAUCAGUAUUGGAAAAAAAGAGGCGGAAGGCCGGACCCAUUCCCCCCGAAGAAUUCAUCAACAAAACGCAGAAGGAGCUCGAGCCUAUUGACUACUUCACGUCGAUCUAGCACGUUGGCCAGCCCGAAAACCUCAAAAACCUCCAAACGAAGACGGCUGUCGAACGAAAGGACCAAAAAGACAACCCCCCCUCGUACUCGCUCAUCUUCGGCAUUGAUCAAAAGCUUCUCAUCCAGUUCGUCAGAUUCGGAGGACGACUUUAAGCCACCAACUAGACGCAAAAGUUGGGAAGAUAUGGUGGAGCGUGUUGAGGCAAUUGAACGUUUACAGAACGGAAAAUUGAUUGUUCGACUGAAAUGGACUAAUGGACAUUCUAGCCUUCAUGACAACGUUGUCGUUUAUGGAAAAUGUCCAAUGAAGGUUCUGUCGUAUUAUGAGCAACAUUCAUCAUUUGAUUAAUUGUAUGUGUGGUCCUAUAUACAAUGAAUAGAAUGGCAUAGGGUUAGGUAUUCAACGCUUGCACGAGUUAUUGAAUUGAAGGCAGUGAAGUAAAUUUACAGAACCGUUAGGUAUUAAACGAGUGAUCUGCUGACGAUGCUGUUGAAAAGGAGAUGUGUGCAAAUAACUGUUUUAUUAAC